AUGGCGAAGGAUCGAAACGGAACUGCGGAAGGCAAAAAUGGAGUGUCUCAAUCUAAUAAACGUGACCGCCUCAGCUACGAUUCGGAACCAGAUCCGGAUUCGGACUCAGAAUCCGACGAAGAAUCUAGAAAAUCCGAGGGCAGCAGAAAAAGAACGAAGAAGAAUAAAACUCGAACCUCCAGUUCCAAGAGAAAACGGUCGAGGGAUAGUGAUUCCUACUCUUCGUCGUCUUAUUAUGAUGAUUCUAGCGAUUCGGAGUCGGAGUCGGGUAGUUCGUAUUACUCGGAUUCUGAAGAGGAAAGGAGGCGGAGGAGGAAGGAGAGGAAAAGGAGAGAGGAGAAGAAGGAGAGGCGGAGGAGAGAAAAGGAAAAGGAUAAGAAGAGGAAAAGAAAAGAAGAAGAGAAGAAAAAAUUGAAGAAAAAGAAGGAUAAGAAGAAAGAGAAAGAGAAAGGGAAGAAAGGUGCUGUGACUAAUUCUUGGGGAAAAUAUGGUAUCAUUAGAGAAACUGAUAUGUGGAAUAAAAGGCCUGAGUUUACUGCAUGGUUAGCAGAAGUUAAACAGGUGAAUCUGGAAAGUCUGCCUAAUUGGGAAGAGAAGCAAAUGUUCAAACAGUUCAUGGAAGAUCACAACACAGCUACCUUUCCGUCUAAAAAAUAUUAUGACCUUGAUGCUUAUUAUCGACAUAAACUGGAGAAGGAAAUUAAAAGAGGUGUCAAGAAACUCCCCGACAAAGAACGUACUGUAUUUAACGAUGAAGAGCAGCGAAGGCUAGAACUCAUGCGAGAACGUGAAAGGCAAAAGGAAGAACAAGUGGAAGCAUUAAAGCGGGAGAUGCAGAGUGGAAUGGCUCAAGCAAUGAAAGAGCAAGCCCGACUCAAGGAAGAGAUGGCUUACCAAUAUAAGCUUGGCAACUUUGAGGCUGCAGCUGCUAUUCAGAGAAGGUUGGAUCCAGAUGUUGCUAUGUAA